AUGUCGUCGUCUCGCCAUGCCGUACAAUCCAAGGCCAACCUUGCCAUCGCUGCCGGCGUCAUGACACGGGCAGCAGCUGAGUCACUCGUGCCCCUUCAAGAAGACUUCAUCAAACGAUUCGUGGACCGCCUGGAUAAGCCGCCGAUCUUUCACAGCGAAACCACACUCUCGAUUGCGGCUCUACGUUACUUCGCAAUGUCACUCUUCGAGGACACACACGCUGCGAUCUCCAACGUCGCUGAGACUGACCUGACUACGGCGAUGGGUUGGUUCGUUGGCAAUUGCGUCAAGAAUAUGCUGAGUACUGGCGCCAUCUCUUGCAGCGGUCCUCGGUCUGGAGACAUCACAGAAGAGCCUGCCGCUGGUGGUACAAUGGUACCGUCGGUGAAGCGGCCAACUGCUCCUGUCCCCGUUGACAACUCACGUUCAACGAAGCGUUCUCGUAUCGACCAUACCAAUGAAGAGAAGCUCGGCACCACUACUGUUACCGUUUCACAUAGCCUCAGAGCUUCACACGUCCGUGUCUAUGUCACCGAGGAGGAGACACGCAUGAUCGACGCGAGUACCCAGUCGGCGCCUGCCACCCAAGAUGAAGAAGACGACCCACUCAUUCUGUCGGAUGACUUAGGUGGUAACAAAACAAAGCUAUUUGAAGUAGUAGAUACGUUUGUCCAGGCGUACGCCCCUUAUGCCGCCGAGAACGAACCGGAGCAAGACCUCUCGUCUCAUCUGGGCUGCUUCCUGACGAAAUGGUGCCGCCACAUGGACUUUGACGACGACUGGGAGGACGACAACUACGAGCGACUGAAAAUGGUGAUCAAAGCCUUAUACUCAUGA